AUGGCGGGGCCGGCGGGAGGGCGGGAGCUGCCGGACACGCCGACGUGGGCGGUGGCGCUCGUUUGCGCCGUCAUGAUACUCGUCUCGGUCGCCAUGGAGCACGCCCUCCACAACCUCGGCCACUGGUUCCACAAGCGGCACAAGAAGGCCAUGGGGGAGGCGCUGGAGAAGAUGAAGGCGGAGCUCAUGCUGGUGGGCUUCAUAUCCCUGCUCCUCACCGUGGCGCAGGACCCCAUCUCCAAGAUAUGCAUCUCCGUGGAGGCCGGCAGCAAGAUGCUCCCGUGCAAGCUGCCCGAAGCUGAUUACGCUGGCGACGAUGCCAAGGGCAGCCGCCGGAGGCUCCUCUGGCUCCAAGGCGACACCCACCGCCGGUUCCUGGCUGCCCCGGCCGGAGAGGACGUCUGCGCCAAACAGGUGAGCGAACUUGAUCGGUGUUUGCUGGGAAAGGUGGCGCUGAUGUCGGCCGGGAGCAUGCACCAGCUGCACAUAUUCAUCUUCGUGCUCGCCGUCUUCCACGUCUUGUACAGCGUGGUCACCAUGGCCGUAAGCCGUCUGAAAAUGAAGCAAUGGAAGAAGUGGGAGUCGGAGACCGCCUCGCUGGAGUAUCAGUUCGCCAAUGAUCCCUCGCGGUGCCGGUUCACGCACCAGACGACGUUCGUGAGGCGGCACCUGGGCCUGUCCAGCACCCCCGGCGUCAGAUGGGUGGUGGCCUUCUUCAGGCAGUUCUUCGGGUCGGUCACCAAGGUGGACUACCUGACGCUGCGCCAGGGCUUCAUCAACGCGCAUCUCUCGCAGAAGAGCAGGUUCGACUUCCACAAGUACAUCAAGAGGUCGCUGGAGGACGACUUCAAGGUCGUCGUCGGCAUCAGUCUCAAGCUCUGGUUCGUGGCGGUCCUCAUACUCUUCCUUGAUUUCCACGGGAUCGGCACUCUUAUCUGGAUGUCUGUGGUUCCUCUCGUGAUCCUGUUGUGGGUCGGGACCAAGCUGGAGAUGGUGAUCAUAUGGAGAUGGCCCAGGAGAUCCAGGACCGGGAGAGCGUCGUCAAGGGGGCUCCCGCCGUCGAGCCCAGCAACAAGUACUUCUGGUUCGACCGCCCCGACUGGGUCCUUUUCCUCAUACACCUCACACUCUUCCAGAACGCGUUUCAGAUGGCACAUUUCGUGUGGACAGUGCAGGCCACGCCUGACUUGA